UGAAUACAUGGCAAAGAACACAAAGUUUCUUCAGACAGUUCUAAUAUUACUGCUUCACGAUUACAUAUCAGCUGAUGAUGGUGAUAUAAGAUCAAGUUGUCGAACUGCCCCAUCGGAUUUGGUUUUCAUCUUGGAUGGUUCCUACAGUGUUGGACCGGAAAACUUUGAAAUUGUUAAAAGAUGGCUGGUUAAUAUUACAUGCAAUUUUGAUAUAGGGCCAAAGUUUACUCAGGUUGGAGUAGUUCAGUACAGUGAUUACCCUGUCCUUGAGAUUCCUCUUGGAACACAUGACUCCAAUGAAAACUUAGUCAGAGAAAUGGAAUCCAUACAGUACUUGGGUGGAAAUACAAGAACGGGGAGGGCAAUUCAAUUUGCCAUUGACCACCUAUUCGCUAAAUCUCCCAGAUUCCUUACAAAAAUAGCAGUUGUUCUCACUGAUGGUAAGUCACAGGAUGAAGUCAAAGAUAUAGCAGCUGAAGCAAGAAAAAACAAAAUCACCUUGUUUGCCAUUGGAGUUGGUUCAGAAACUGAAGAGGAUGAAUUGAGAGCAAUUGCCAACAAGCCCUCUUCAACAUAUGUGUUCUACGUUGAAGAUUAUAUUGCAAUAUCCAGAAUAAGAGAAGUAAUAAAGCAAAAACUCUGUGAAGAAUCGGUUUGUCCAACAAGAAUUCCUGUUGCAUCUCGGGACGAAAAAGGAUUUGAUAUUCUCCUAGGCUUAGGUGUGAAGAGAAAGGUGAAAAAGAGAAUUCAGAUCCCAUCUACUAAUGCAAAAGCAUAUGAAGUAACUGCAAGUGUUGACUUGUCAGAAUUAACAAGGGAUGUGUUUCCAGAAGGCCUUCCUCCGUCGUAUGUGUUUGUCUCUACUCAGAGGUUUAAAGUCAGAAAAACAUGGGACUUGUGGAGGAUAUUAAGCUUGGAUGGAAGGCCACAGAUAGCUGUCACUGUGAAUGGAGAAGACAGAACACUGUCCUUUACUACAACAAGCAAAGUAAAUGGUUCUCAAGUUGUUACUUUCACUGCACCCCGUGUGAAGACUUUGUUUGAUGGAGGUUGGCAUCAAAUACGCCUCUUAUUAACGGAAGCAGAUGUAACACUGUAUAUAGACGAUCAAGAAACUGAAAUGAAGGCAUUGCAUCCUGUUUUAGGAAUUUAUAUCAGUGGACUAACUCAAAUAGGAAAAUAUUCUGGGAAAGAGGAGACCGUUCAAUUUGAUGUUCAAAAGCUGAGGAUCUACUGUGACCCAGAGCAAAACAAUCGAGAAACAGCCUGUGAGAUACCUGGCAUUAAUGGAGAGUGCUUGAAUGGUCCUAGUGAUGUAGGAUCUACACCAAUUCCGUGUAUAUGCCCUCCAGGAAAACAAGGACCCCCAGGUCCAAAGGGAGGCCCUGGGCAACCUGGGAAUCAUGGCUUUCCUGGAGAACCUGGUCCAGAUGGUAAGCCUGGUUAUCAAGGAGUACCAGGAACUCCAGGUAUUCCAGGAUCCCCAGGGAUUCAGGGGCCACGCGGUCUUCCAGGCUUGAAGGGUGAACCUGGGGCAGAUGGGGAAAAGGGUGAACGUGGACUUCCAGGUUUCCCGGGACUGCAUGGGAUGCCGGCAUCUAAGGGUGACAGAGGACCUAAAGGAGAUCAAGGCCUACCAGGAAUUUAUGGGAAAAAGGGUGCAAAAGGAGAAAAGGGUGAAGCAGGAUUUCCAGGAAUGCCUGGGCGGGCUGGGGAAUCUGGGAGAAGCGGAAAGGAUGGUGUACCUGGGAACCCAGGUUUUAAGGGAGAAGUUGGACAGCCAGGUUCUGCUGGGCCAGAAGGAAGACGGGGAGAUCCUGGAAUUCCUGGGAUCCCUGGAGCUCAAGGUGUAAAAGGAGAAAAGGGUGAAGUUGGACCUCCAGGACAACAAGGAACAAAGGGAUCUCCAGGAACACCAGGUGUGGCUGGAAUUGAAGGAUCAUCGGGUUUACCUGGAGCACCUGGGCCUAAGGGCAGCAAGGGUGUGCCAGGACUACAAGGGAAACCAGGGACACCAGGCAGCAAGGGAGAACAAGGAAGACCAGGUACGGCAGGUGAACCAGGAUACCCCGGUAUACCUGGCACUCAGGGUUUGAAGGGAGAGAAAGGAAACUUUGGAGAGAAAGGCAUCCAGGGUCAGAAGGGGGAAGGGGGCAGACCAGGGAUUUCAGGCCAGAAGGGAUCCACGGGGUUAAACGGACACGAAGGGCAGAAAGGCAAGAAAGGAGACCCUGGCAUUAGUGGCUUCAAUGGACAAAAGGGAGAACCUGGAGUGAAUGGUCUGAUUGGUUUACCAGGACCAAGAGGAAUGCAUGGUGAGAGGGGCUCUCCUGGGGCUUCUGGAUUAGAUGGAAAACCGGGAAGAGGAUUUUCAGAAGAAUUUAUUCGGCAAGUUUGUGCAGAUGUGCUGAGAACUCAGUUGCCUAGUAUACUUCGGAAUGGAAGACUGCAACAGUGUGAUCAUUGCCAGUCUCACAACCCUUCCUCAGGACCUCCUGGCCCGCCAGGACCAAUUGGCCCACAAGGUCCUCGAGGCUUUCCUGGUUUACAAGGAAAUGAUGGCAUUCCAGGUCUUACAGGGGCCCCUGGACGUCCUGGAAGUCGUGGACCAAGAGGAUUACCUGGGAAAAAUGGAGCUAAAGGAAGCCCAGGAAUAGGGCUUCCUGGGAUAGAAGGCCCUCCAGGACCUCCGGGUCCUGAAGGCCCUCCUGGGAUAAGCAAAGAAGGCCGUCCUGGAGAACCCGGAGGACCUGGUAAAGAUGGAGAUCGUGGAAGUCCUGGAAUUCCUGGACAAACUGGACCCCCUGGAAUUUGUGAUCCAUCUUUAUGCUUUAGUGUAGUUGUAGGAAGAGAUCCAUUUAGAAAAGGGCCAAACUAUUAAUCUGGGAAAUAUUAGUUGGCGAACUAGGCCUGGUGCUUGCCUUUUAUGCUCACUCUUGUCUCAGGAAGAUUAGUAGCAAUAAUCCCCUGCCCCAGGAACAAGGUACCUCUAGUUUGGA